AUGGAGGAAAAUUCGAAAAAUUUAACAGAUUCUGUGGAUUCUGGUCAAGGAAAUGACGUUGGAGAUGCUUGGGGUCUCGGAAAACCAUCUCGCGUUCACAGAAUCGCCCGCAUGCCCGUCGAGCGUUUCGGCUCCGAAUACAACAUGAAUCAUCGUAAUCGUGGCUUUGCUCUCAUCUUUAAUCACGAAUACUUUGACUUGCCAUCAUUAAAUUCCCGUUCAGGCACCGCCGCCGAUUGCGAAAAUCUCGUAAAAUCCUUUCAACGUCUCGAUUUCACGGUUUGCGUCUUCAACGACCUAAAAUAUCGCGAAAUUCUGCGAGAAAUCGAAGCAGUUUCCCGUUUAGAUCACUCCGAUAACGAUUGCAUUGCCAUUUGCAUAUUGUCUCAUGGUGAACUUGGCUACAUUUACGCCCGCGACGGUCAAUACAAGUUGGAGAGCAUUUGGACUUACUUCACGGCAGAUCGUUGCCCGACGCUCGCUGGCAAACCAAAACUCUUUUUCAUUCAGGCAUGCCAAGGAGACCAAUUGGAUGGAGGAAUUACGUUGCUUAACGAUCGCACGGAAACAGAUAGCAGCAGCACGGGCGGUUUGAGCUACAAAAUUCCGAAUCACGCGGAUUUUUUGAUUGCCUACUCGACAAUUCCGGGAUUUUAUUCGUGGCGAAAUACGACAAAGGGAUCGUGGUUUAUGCAAUCUUUGUGUCAGGAACUCAACGAACAUGGCACAAAAUAUGAUUUAUUGACGAUUUUGACGUUUGUUUGUCGUCGUGUCGCGAUCGACUUUGAGAGUAAUGCUCCCGAUAGACCAAAAAUGCAUCAGCAGAAACAAAUUCCCUGCAUAACGACGAUGAUGACGCGAAUUUUGCGCUUCAAUGAGAAAUAAAAAUCAAUUUUUUACGUUUUUUUUUUCUUAAAAUCUUAAUAAAAUUAUUUAAAAAUUUAUUGCAGUAGCG